AGUUUAUGUUCGUCAAACAUUCGGACUGUCGGAAUCUGUCGUUUCGGAAUUCGGAGUGAGCGAAGUGAAAUAAAUUAUCUACGUUUUUGUUGUUGUUUAAAAUAAUCUCAAAAGGUAACAUAUAAUUCUAUCAACGUAUACUCGGUCGGGUUAAAAUGAGCCAAAGUUAUAAAUGUUUUAAAGAAAGAAAGACGUUCGCGGCAAGAAAGCGCGAUUCGGAGGGGAUUACAAAACAGUAUCCUGACAAAAUUCCUGUCAUUGUGGAGAGAUAUGCAUCUGAAAAAAGCCUGCCAAUUUUGGAUAAGAUUAAGUACCUGGUUCCUGCAGAUUUAACCAUGAGCAAUUUGGCAAGCAUUAUCAGGAAGAGACUUCAGCUGAGUCCCACACAAGCUUUCUACCUGAUGGUGAAUGAACGAAACAUGGUCAGCAACAGUCUGACCAUCGGUGAACUUUACAGAGAAGAGAAACAUGAGGAUGGUUUCCUUUACAUGGUGUAUGCGUCGCAAGAGUCCUUUGGUUGAAUGUUGCCCACUGUAAAUAUAUUUCAUAUAUCACUCAGCAGACAUUACAUAACAUGUGGAGACCUGAUGCUUGUGAAAUUAUUGGUUUCAACAUUAACCUAUGUGUGUCAGCAUGUAUGACUGGUUAUAUAUGUAAAAUAUAAAAGUACCUUCAUUAAUGUAUAGUAUUUGAAUUGUAUACAAGAUAUUUUUAGUUCUGCAGUAACUCUGGGAAUUUGGGGUAAAACGUAAUACAAGAGGGGACAAAAAUUAAAUAAGUGCCUAAUCAUUAGCAAAUGUUGUCUGAAUCGUCUUCAUUUUCAAGCUAGAGCAAGGUCUGAAGGUCACAUCACAGAGUCGCACUUUGGUCACACUGAGGUUUACAAUUUUCCAUCAUUGAAAAGGAUAUUUUAUACGUAAAACAUCGAUGAUCGCGCGUCGAAUGCGAUGCUAAAAUUAUAGAAUACUGAAGCUUGAUCUUUUUUAUUCGCUUUUUACCACUCGGAUGUCUCAAAAAUGAAAUAUAUCAGUACCAGCAAAGGGGGCCCUUUAAAUGUUGUAUUAUAAACUAAACAUUGUCGAUUUGUAGUAAAAUUUGUUAUAAA